AUGUUCAAUAUGUUGCUUCGAGGGAUAUCUUCAAAACUAGGCAAUGAAUGUUUAAGUUACCUGAAGAAUUUUCUAUCCGUUCCUCAAAUUUGUGAGCGUCAAGCCACUCUAGAGGUCGUGGAUGGGGUUGUCUCACGUACGAACCAUGAACGGGCAGAUCCUCAUCUCCUACCUUUUGUUUCCAAAAGUUCUAGAGCAGAAACCACUACAUACAAGUCGUCAUGGGUGAUCUUGAUGCGGAGUUGGCUCUGGCAUUCUUCCUCUCCCAACUCAGUUUGGUCGCGAAGGGCAGCGAGCUUCGAAAGCGAAAUAUCUUCUCUUGUCGCGGAUCCCCAUCCACCUCCAAAAAAGAAGAAAACGAAGGAAACUAAAGAAGCUGCCACGGAAGGAGCGAAGGAAACAAAGACUAAUUCAAAUGGUGUAGUUGGUACUGCUACACCAGCUAUCUCUGUUGCAGCUCCAAUGAAUGUUAUCGGAGCUGGCCCAACCCUGUUACCCACACUUGCAACGCCGACAGUAAUAUCACCGUUUCUAACUCGUGUCGGAUUGUCGGUCUCCGGCGGAGUUCACAUGAUUCCUCCUCCAGUGCCACCGCCGAUGUUCGUCCCAACCCAAACAAUAAGAGCUCCGCCGAUGUUUCCUCCUAUGCCAAUGCCGAACCUUUUCAUGCCUCAUCAGCUCCGUCAACCGCCGCCAAAGCCUUCAGCUACUAUAGAGAGCGCUCCUAAAAUUUAUAGCUCUGAAGUGUCUGCGAGUACGAACGCAGCAGUUCCAAAUUCGUCGGCUCCAGUAACUUUCGCGCUCGCAUCGGACAUUGAAGCAAUGGAGAAGAAGAACGAACAUCCUUCUGCUCCUAUGAGACAUAGAGAUUCGAGACCACUGAAACCAAAAAAGUACUUACGAGCUGGUGGCGGUCAGGUUUGGGAAGACUCUUCUCUUGCUGAGUGGGACAAAAACGACUUCAGAAUAUUUUGCGGUGAUUUGGGUAACGAAGUUUCUGAUGAACUGCUAGCCAAAGCUUUUCGCAAGUAUCCAAGUUUUCGGAAAGCAAAGGUCGUGCGGGAUUCUCGAUCAAACAAGAGCAAAGGAUAUGGUUUCGUUUCUUUCGGCGAAUCAGAUGAUUAUGUGCGGGCUAUGAGAGAAAUGGACGGGAAAUACGUUGGAAAUCGCCCCAUCAAAUUGAGGAAAUCGAAUUGGAAAGAUCGUAAUUUGGAGGUUGUUAAGAAGAAGCAAAAACAAAAGGCGAAACUUGGACUUUGGAGUUGA